AAGAUAUUCAUUCUUACAAGAUGUCACAUUCAUCAACGAGCUUUGUGCCAUUCAACAUGUUCCUGCGCGCCGCAUCUCGCAUCAAACCUUCGCCGGCAUUUCGAUGCUUCUCGUCGAUGGUGAGCUUGACGGUCAAUGGAAAUCCGUGCCAAGCGACAAUUUCUAAAUCCUUGGACAACAAGAAGGCCAUUCUUUGCUUGCCUGGAGCGUUGGGCACUGGCGCAACAGACUUUGCGGCGCAGUUGACAGGUCUUGCGGAUGAAUAUUCUGUAAUCGCUUUCCAUCCGGACACUUCGCAGGUCCGGUCCCUCGACUUCCUUGAGAAAAACGCACAUGAUGCGGCGGCGUUCAUGGCAGGCCUUGGCUACAACAAGUAUUCUGUCCUUGGUUGGAGCGACGGGGCCAACAGCAGCGUUAUCCUGGCCGCUGAGUACCCUCAACACAUGGAGCGAUUGGUGCUGAUGGGGGGAAACGCAUUUGUGUCGGACGAAGAUUUGGCUUUGUAUGCUGGCGUGGCCGACGUGACCAAGUGGAGUGUAAAGCGCCGGGAAGAAUUGAGUGCCAUUCAUGGGGGCGUUGAGGAACUUCAAACCAAGUGGACAGAAUGGAUUGCCACGAUGCGGCGCAUUCUCGAAGAAAAGCAUGGCGACCUUUGCACGGCGUACUUGCCCGACGUCAAAUGCAAAACUCUGGUGAUGCACGGCGAAGAGGACGCGUUGGUACCGACGUUCCAAGCAGAGUACCUCAGCGAGCGCAUCCUGCACUCGAAGUUGAUCACGUUGCCGGGCGCUGGCCACACGUUCCACUUGAAUGGGCGGUGGUCAACCCACGCAAACGAGGUCAUUCGAACGUUCCUGAACGAACCAGACGACAGCGCGACGCACAGCCGCGAAUUUUCCGCGAUGCCGCCAAAAGAUCGCAACAGCGGACCGGUUGUUACGCACUCGGGGCCGCGAUGCUAAUUCAGCCAGCUAGACAGACCAUCCACAUUCAUGCUAAUCAAGUGGACGUCGCCUUCUCA